GUAAAACUGACGUAAAGCCUGCGUCGGUUUACCGCAGUGUUUGUGGGAAGUCUGCUCAGGCUGGCGUGAUAGCAAACAUCUAUUAGCUAGCUACUCCACAUUUCCAUUUUGUUAGCUUCCUCUUUUUCAGGUGGCCGUCAUCAAGACACGUGUUGGCUGCUAGCAAGCUAUGAAGAUGAAGAAGCGACCAAACAUUUUGUUAACAGGAACCCCUGGUGUUGGAAAGACCACAUUAGGAAAGGAGCUGGCCCAAAGGACAGGGCUAACCUAUGUCAACAUAGGAGACCUGGCUCGGGAAGGACAACUUUAUGAUGGCUAUGAUGAAGUGUACCAGUGCCCGAUUUUGGAUGAGGACGGAGUGGUGGAUGAGCUGGAUGAGAAGAUGGUAGAAGGUGGUAUGAUUGUUGACUAUCAUGGCUGUGACCUGUUCCCUGAACGCUGGUUCCACAUCGUCUUUGUCCUCCGCACAGAUAACACCCAACUGUACACACGGCUAGAGAGCAGGGGUUACACAGGAAAGAAGCUGCAGGACAACGUGCAGUGUGAGAUCUUCCAGACUAUCUACGAGGAGGCCAUGGAGGCCUACAGCGAGGACAUCGUCCACCAACUGUCCAGCAACACUCCUGAGGACCUGGAGCGCAACCUGGAGCAGAUAGUUCAGUGGACUGAGCAGUGGAUGAAGGACCAUAACUAGAAUCUGAACUCAGGACUGUCAACAAAAGUUAUUUAGACAUUAAAAACGAACUGUAUUGAU